AUGGAUUUAAAAUUAUUAGCACCAAAGAAUGACAUAAGAUCUCUAAAAGUUCAAGUUGUUGCCUCUUUUUGUAAUUUAAAAUUAAAUAUACCUCAGUUUACUUUAGGAAAAGAUGAUAAAAGUGAGGAAUUUUUAAGAUAUUCUCCAUUAGGAAGAUUGCCAGUUUUGUUAACUUCUAAUGGAUCCUUAUUUGAAAGUAAUGCUAUUUGUAAAUAUUUAUGCAAUUUAAGAAGAGAACAUAACUUAUUAGGACAGGGAGUUUUUGAAGAAGCACAAGUAAAUAUGUGGAUUGAUUUUAAUACAUACGAAUUGGAAAUACCAAUAUGUUGCUAUGUAACUAAUAAAUCUUGUGAAAAAUCAUUAAAUCAUAUAAAAGAUUCUUUUAAUUGCUUAAAUAAUCAUUUAUUAUUAAAUCAAUUUAUGGUUGGUAAUUAUAUUACUCUUGCUGACUUAUUCAUAUGCGUUAUCAUAAUGUUUGCUUUGAAAUCAGAAAAAUUAGAUGUUAGUUUUCUUAAAAAGUAUAAAAAUUUAAAUAGGCUAUUUGAAACCGUAUCUAAUCAAAAACAAUUUAAAUAUGUGUUUUCAGAUUCUACUGUUAAAAAGCCUCAAGAAAAAAAUAAAAAAGUUGAAACAAAACCUAUUGAUAAAAAGAAAAAAAAUAGUGAUGAUGAAGAUCAAUUAUUGGAUGAUGAGCUUACUGAAAAAAAACCAAAAAAAGUUAAUCCAUUAGAUUUAUUACCACCAUCUACAUUUUCUUUGGAUGAUUGGAAAUAUAAAUUUAGUAAUGAAAAAGAUUUACUUAAUAAUGCUAUGCCACAUUUCUGGAAAACUUUUGAUAAUAAUGGUUGGUCAUUAUAUUAUAUGAAAUAUGAUAAAUUAGAAGAUGAAUGUCAAAUUUCUUUUGUAGCUUGUAAUAUGGCUGGUGGAUUUUUACAAAGGUUAGAAAAUAAUUUUUCGAAAUACUCAUUUGCUGUUGUAACUGUUUUAGGUGAAAAUAAAUCUUAUGAUAUUGAAGGAGUUUGGUUAUUUAGAGGCGUAGAUAUUCCAUUUGAAAUGAAAGAUCAUCCAUCUUUUGAGUAUCAUAUAUUCACUAAAUUAAAUAUAAACAAUAAUGAUGAUAGAAAAUUAGUAGAAGAUUACUGGUGUUCUAAAGAAACAAUAAACAAUAGACCAGUGGUAGACAGAAAAGUAUGGAAAUAA